AACUACUUUUUAUUUGUAACAAUUUGAAAUAUUACAGAAUUACUUAAAUUAAAUUAAAGCUAAAGAAUCGUAUUAUUUACUUAUCUUCAAAAUGACACUACAAAUUUGUAGUUAUCAAGGUUGUUAUACGCAACGUUUUCCUUGUAGUUCAAUAACGUUCUUCCAGUUACCAUCCGAUGAACCACGACGUACACAUUGGAUACUAAAUAGUGGAAAUAAACAGCUGCUUAACCUUAAGAAUAGCCAAAAGCGAUACUUCUGUGAAAUUCACUUUCAUAAAAAGGAUAUAAAACCUCAUUUUUAUAGAAAACUUUUAUAUAAGAACGCAGUCCCCAUGCCAUAUAUGAGUGACGACGUUUCUACACCAACCACUAAUACAAAUACCAUACAGUUUACGGAGUUCGAGGUAGUAAGAGAUUACCAAAGCGAAGUUAAAGGAACAGAUGAAGACAAUUUGUAUCAGGAAUUCGAUAUAAAGGAAGGAGAAUACGAACCCGAAAAUGAAGAUGAUGCACAGAUUAUGUCAACAAAGGACGGUUGCAUUUUAUAUGAUGAUUGCAACGAGGAUGACAUACAGGAAAACAAGCUAUUGACUGAAGAAUUACUGGACAUACCAGAAACUAUAUCUAAUCUCGCUGAAGUAACACCUACAAAACAAGAGUCAGUGUAUAUUGAUAGUAAUGAUUUUGUCGGCAUAUCGGUUGCUGACGGUACGGUGUCAACUUCUUGCAUUUCGCCAGCAGCUUCACCCACUACAGAUGUCAUUUACAGUACAGAAUCGCAAAAUGCUUAUACUUGUACAACAAGUGAAAGUAUCGUCACUGCUGCUGAAGUAACUGCGGAUUUAGUGUUAAAUAAUGAUAAAGAAAUUUAUAACGAUUUAAAUGAGACUACAGUGUCCGAAAAAUCAUACGAAUCCGAUAAACAUUUUGCGUUAUCACUUGUGUAUUAUUUUCAACGAUUAAAUGCUAAAAAGAAAGCACAGGCUAAAAUUGACAUUCUAACAUAUUUAGUAGCACUCGAUCAGGAUAAGAAUUCGUAAUGGGAUUUAUGUAUAUACUGCAUCACUCAAAAUCCAUGUAGAUGUAUUUAUAAUAUGGCAUGAAAUAGUUAAGGUAUGAUGUUUUUAUAUUCUUUAUAGUUUGUAGGAUAAAAAAACAAAAUUAAUUCGUGUAAAAUAAGCGAAAAAUAAAGUGAUACUAAAAGGGAUUUGUUGUAAUGCUCUGUAAGUGAGUCUUAGCUACUCAAUUAAACAAAGAAAUAUAAUUUGGUUUUGAGACUAAAUUUUA